AUGACCUCAAUGCACAAACUCCGUGCACCGGGUCCUUCCAGUCAAGUCAUCAGCUCUGGACCGUCAUCACCAGGGAACUUAACUGUGGUGCAACAAAGAAGUCCCGGUAGACCGCUUUUAUUGGAAAAUAACAGAUCUUCAAUGAGUGUCCAAGUUCCGCGGACUUUAACUGUUUCAAGUUCGGCGCAUUCCUCUUCAGACGAUGCCAUGAGUUCCGAUGAUGACGAUGAUGACGAUGAUGGCAAUAUCUCAUUGACUUUCAAGAGAUCUAGUUCGGCCCAUCUUACAAUGCAACAACUUCGGGUUAUUCGUGCUCAGCAACAGCGUCACAAAGAAGAAGAUGACCAACAACAACACCAACAACAACGAGAACAAGAAGAAGACAAACUUCGCAGAAUAACCUUUGCAGGAACUAAAAAUGCACUACCAGGCGAAACUUUCUCCGUACCUCCGAAGAGCAACAACCAUCCGGCAAGCAGCACGGUAUUCCGUUGUACAAAUUCUUCAGCGCAACAACUUCCUGAGUGGAGACACAGUGCAUCGGUUGGGUCGUUGGUAGGUCUAUCAGGUUCAAAACGAUCUCCAGCAUCACCAGGGACUGCACGCCAGAAAUUGGGCAUAAACAAUACAACCGAUGAAUCUGUUGCAGGCCGUCGACGCAGUAGCGCAAGUAGUACCAGUAGCACUAGCAGUAACAGUGCGGGGGCUCGUCGGCGGAGUAGUGCAGGUAGUAGUACUGGCCGUGUGCUUUUAUCUGCAUCUUCGUCACCAUCACUUGUUUCAUUGGGCCGCAUUGCAACUAACUCAACAGUUCAAAGUGCCGGAUUACAAGGACCAGAGUUUCCGGUAUCACUCAAUGAGUCGUGCGCAAAUUGUAAUGGGUGCUACUGCGCAGCGUGUGUUGCAACUACUCCAUACGCUACUGCACCAGCAGCAGCUGCAAUCUCCAGUGGACAGCCUCUCCAGAUGCUACCCCACCAGCCAUCACGAGCCCACCAACCGUUGGCCCCCAGUCUGAGCGCUGGAGACUUGGCUGCCAUGUCUUCAAGUUGCAGUUGCUAUUCUGCAGGUGGGCCCUCCUUGGCUAGCAAUGGGUCUAUGGGGCUCAGCGCUUCCGGUUUCCCAGGGGGGUCCCGUCAGCCGCAAGUUGUGUCACCUCCACCUCAGUAUCAUCACCAAAUUGCCCUCUUUGGUCCACAUCAUCAUCACCACCACCACAACCACAACCACAACCACAACCACAACCCACUAACUACCGCCGCCGCUCGUCUUGGUGGCCGCCCACAACAACAAACAAUCAAUCACAACAACAAUAACUACCACCAACAUCAUCACCAACACCACCGCCAACUGUCACUCCCACCACCUCCAAGCUACCAAAUGUCUUCGCGCAAAGGCGCUGACCCGGUGCCUCUUCAACAACAGCCUGUCUCAUCAUCCUCUUCUUCUUCCUCGGCUCUGCAAUCCCCAGCUGACCUUGUACGUCGUUCUGUGUCAUCACCUAAACUCGCAGGUAUGCCCGGUUCGCGGAUCCGCACAGUAUCUGAUCCGCCGGUUCCUGGCGACACUCCUGGUCCGGGUUCAUUUCCUUCGUCAGGAUCUCUACAAGCUCCUACGGCUUUCCCUGGAGCAUUCCCUCCAAACCGUUCGGCAUCUUUCUCUACCCUUGCACAUCAUACACAUUCAGGCACACUACAACCAUCUUCAUCAACUACUACACUUAGUAAAAAAAAUACAACUACAACUACAACUACGGUAACAACAACAACUACAACAACAACCACGUCUGAGGCGGGUCCCGGCGUGGACUCAAGCCCUCGAGUGCGUAGCAAUAGCAGCGGAUUUAUUGCAGACAAUAUCAGCAUAAACAAUAACCAACAACAGUCAACAGCAGGCCUGAACAAAACCAUGGAUGACACGCGACUGGCUGAGCCAGUGCACCCACGCAAAAGACCACCGCUCAAAAUCGUCGGUCUCAAAAUCUUUAAUGCCCGCUUUCAUUUCCUUCUUGGUCUCUCUCGAGGUCUCUCCGUACUGCCUUGUGCCAUUGGCGCCUGGUCCUGCUUAUGGAACGCAUACACUGUCCGUCGUGCAAUGAUGGACCAUAAUCCAGCUUUUGCAUCUCUACGUUCCUCUCAGCUUGUCCUGGCUGCUAUCUGGUGCGUGGUUGCCGGAUAUCUUGCAUACUCGGUACUCGACGGGCUCAUGGAUCGCUGGCUUGUAACGUACUCAACACCCGCAGUCAUUGUACGCUUAGUGUCAUCCGCCGUUCUCACUAUCUCCAUGAUGCAUGCUCUUGUGUCGGUCCUUGCGCCCGAUACAACUUACCGUCUUCAUGUGUGGAUUCUUAUCUCAUGUAUUCUCACCGUCGCUUACACUGUCCAAAACUUUGUUACUUCCAACCUCUCGCUCGAGAAAAAACGUCGCUCCGUCGAUCUCUACAACAUUGCAGUUUUUGCCGUCGUCCCAGUCGGUCUUGCUUCUUUCCUCACCAUGCUGGGUCUUCUCCGCAGCAUCAUGAUUCUACAGUAUCAAUACGAAGACCUUUUAUAA